ACUACAACAUAACUUGGAAGCAAAAAAAUAAGAUUUACCAGUUAAAGCUAUAAAUUUUUCUUUUUGAUUUUGUGCUACGUUUUUUGUGUGAACGUUCAACUUUCAAACAUCGUCUUCGAUAUCGUUCCUUAUCUUUUAUAAGUAUGGCAUUCUGUAAUCCGAACGCAAAUGUUUUGCAAUUGUCCAGCGAUGAUACAAGUGACUCGGAUGACGAAUCAAAUUCCUCUAAGGCAUACAUCGCCAAACUGAAAGUCCUUGAAUCGAAGGCGCUAGAACUAAGGAAGGAGAUCAACAAAUUGUUCGAGGAAAUGGCCAGAAAGAAGGCCAGAAAGAAGCGGAAUGAGAAAAAGAAGAGUAGCAGCAGCACCGACACUGGAACUGUCAGUGAGCGCGACAUCAGCAAAAGUAAGUCCAGCCAGUUGAUGAACUUUGAUUCGCAGGAGAAGGAUGCCACCGUCAAGUUCAUGUCGUACGAUGAGAAGCGACAGCUCUCGCUCGAAAUUCAUAAGCUGCCAGGUGACAAACUGGGACGUGUGCUGCACAUUAUACAAAAUCGGGAGCCAUCGCUGCGCGACUCAAAUCCGGAUGAGAUUGAGGUCGAUUUUGAGACACUAAAGCCAUCGACGUUGCGCGAGCUUGAAAGCUAUGUGGCGUCGUGUUUGCGCAAAAAAACACGCGAUGAUAUUGAGCCGCCACCACGCAAGAAGAUCACUUGA